AUGGAAUCCAUCUAUGACUCUAUUAAAGAACACUACUCCAACAAGCAAAGUAAUGAAGCUUUGAUUUCCAAUAGUUGUUUCCUAGCUUCAAAACCUCACUUGUUAAUUCAAAAGUAUCUUGGAUUGAUUCCAGCUGAGGUUCAUGAAAAGUUUUAUGGUUGUGGUUCAGCUGUCCCACUUGGUAUUAAGGGAUUGACAGUUCUUGAUUUGGGAAGUGGCAUUGGAAGGGAUGUUUUUCUUGCAUCGAUCAUUGUUGGUGAGCAAGGAAAGGUUAUUGGCGUGGACAUGACCAAGAGUCAAGUGGAGCAAGCUAGAGAGUUUACUCCAAAAUUCAUCGAGUCAAUCAAGAAUGCAAAUAUGAAUAUUGCCAAGAUUGAAUUCCAUGAAGGUCUAAUUGAAGAAUUGGAUCAAAUUCCAGGUGUUACCAGUGAAUCCAUCGAUUUGAUCACUUCCAAUUGUGUCAUCAACUUGUCCCCUAAGAAAGAACAAGUCCUUCGUCAAGUUUACAAAGUUUUAAAGUUUGGCGGUGAAUUUGUCUUUUCUGACAUUUAUUCUGACAGGAAGAUUCAUCCAGCAGCUCGUGAGAAACUUUCCAUACUUGGUUCAUGUAUUGGAACUGUUUACUAUGUCAAUGAUUUCUUGAAUACUUGCAGAAAGAUUGGUUUUGAUGUUAUUAGAGAAAAUUCAGAGUUGACCGAAGAGGAUUACGGAAAUGUCAUUACCUAUAAAGGUAGUAUUGAAGGUUAUCCAACUUGUUACAAGUUUGAUAACAAGUUGGAGUUUGAGAGUGGAAAGCCAACAAGUGUUAGUGGAAAUGUUGCUUCUGCCAUAGAGGAAAGUGCUUGGCUUUCGAAUCAUUUCGUCCAAUUUCCAAAUAAGAGAGAAUUUCAUUAUGGUGAAUUUAAGGAAAGCUCAAUUGGUCAAGUUGAAGUCAAACAAGUUACUUUCCAAAUUCCAACCUGUUGCUUAAAGCCAUAA